GUGGUGUGAUUUUGAUUUCGCCGGCUGAGAUAGCUAGCAUAGAUAGAUAUUAGAUAUAUAGAUAAAGAUUACUUUAGAUAGACCAAGCCAGUUGUGGCAUUCCAAAAGUUGGUUCUUGAAAUUUUAUGUUGAAGAACGUAUACAAAAUGGCAUCUAAAUCUUUCAAUGUUAAAUUUAAUAAUGGGCUGGAGUGUCCCAUAAUUGGUUUGGGUACGUGGAAGUCUAAGCCCGGUGAGGUGACGCAAGCAGUGAAGGACGCCAUAGACAUCGGUUACAGACACAUCGACUGCGCACACGUCUACGGCAAUGAGAAGGAAGUUGGUGCCGCCAUUGCCGCUAAGAUCAGUGAGGGGGUUAUUAAAAGGGAGGACCUAUUCAUAACCUCAAAACUAUGGAACACCUACCACCGGCCGGACCUGGUCCGCGGCGCGCUGGAGACCACCUUGCGGGACCUUGGGCUACAGUACCUCGACCUCUACCUCAUACACUGGCCGCAGGCAUACAAGGAAGGCCCGGAGAACUUCCCAACGGACGAGAACGGUAAGAUCCAGUUCUCGGACGUAGACUACGUGGACACGUGGAAAGCGCUGGAGCCGCUGGUGGAGGCCGGGCUGUUGCGCAGCAUCGGCGUCUCCAAUUUCAACCAUCGGCAGCUGCUGCGGCUGCUCGAAGUGGCCACUAUCAAGCCUGUCACUAACCAGGUGGAGUGCCACCCGUACUUCAACCAAGCGCGUCUCAAGGCGUUCUGUGAGGAGCGAGGCAUCAAGAUCACGGCGUAUUCACCGCUGGGGUCCCCGGACCGACCCUGGGCGCAGCCCGGCGAGCCCCAGCUGCUGCAGGACCCCAAGCUCAAGGCCAUAGCUGACAGGCUGGGCAAAACCGUCGCUCAGGUUGUUCUCAGAUAUCAAAUCGAGCGAGGUAACAUCGUGCUACCGAAGUCCGUGACCAAGGAACGCAUAGCCAGCAACUUCCAGAUCUUCGACUUUAAGCUAUCUGCCGAAGACGUCGCGUUGCUGGACACCUUCGAUCUAAAGAACGGAAGGCUUGUGCCUAUGACUGCGUCCCUCGGCCACAAAUACCAUCCGUUUGAGAACGACGAAUAUUAAGCUGUGAUAUUUAUGUUAUGAGAUCGGCAUAUUUUUAAACAAAUAAAUGUUUGUAAAUUGUUUAAAA